UUUCCUAGCAACGCUCCUUGGAUACGAACUGGAGGAAGCGCGCUCACUGUGGCGGACUAACAACAACAACAACAACAACAACAACAACAAAUGGAGCCUCCACAGAGGGUGGUGGCCUCUCCUCAGUUGCCACCAGGUGAAGAUGUGAGUCAGUCUGUUGGGCAAACACCCAUAAACCAACUGGGAGUUCAAACUCGAAGCUGUGCCAGACAGGAAACAGAUGGCUGGGAGCAUCAACAGCUGUGGGGGCACUCUUUGCAGCCAGACUUUCAGGACAGUAACCUCUCUCCAGCCUUUCCUCUGCUGCCUGCGAACUCUGGAGUGGAACACAUGUCCACUGAAUACUCUUUAUUUCAACAAAGUGACAAUGAAUUUGCUGCUUUAAGGGCGUACCCUGACAUUUCCAUGGCAUCAGAGAGGUUUCACUUUCAACCCCAGCACUGCACCACUCAGACCUCUGAGCAUGCCUCACUGUCCCAGCACCCUUUGGCCCAGGCAACCAUCCUGUCUGAAGACGGAGCGAACAGCUGCUGCUCUCUGUCCCAGCACAGUCUGUCACCAGGAGACGAAGGAAGAGGAAAAGAAGCAGUUCACUCCUCACUGACUACCAGCACUGACAAACAGGGAGUACCAUCCAGAGAUGAUACAGGUAGCAGGAAGAAGGACUCUGGGACACUAACUGGCCCAUUAGACAAGCCAGUAGGAGAGACUGCUGAAGAUGAGACAUACUUUCUGAGUAAGGAAAUUCCUGCCCAGCAUCUUUUGGCACUCCUUCAGAAAGAUAUUGGCAUGCUAAGCAGCAGUAGUAGUGCCGUUUCCUCUGCCUCUGAGACCUCUGUGAAGACUGCUGCAUCUUUUACCGAAGACCAUAAAAGCACUAAAGUUUGCAAACCAGGCUUUGACCAAAGCACGGUUAGAAGAGAAGGUCCUCCAGGUGAAGCUUCUCUUCCCCAGCAGCAGACACAACAACCUGACAGAGAUUUAUCAUCUGAGGUCUGUAACAUCACCAUGGGGCUCCGCAGCACUCAACCUGACGACAGUAGUGAAGUGUUACACAGAGAGCUACUGUCUGAGGUCGAGAGGCGCAGCAGUCGUGAAGCCGAAUCUAAAAAACAACAGCGGAAAAGUCCAACACCACCUGGUCAAUCUCUCACGCCGUAUCCCGCGGAGACAUCUAAAGGCAAGUCAAGUGUGUCCAGAACAAAUGUGGGUGGUGUGCCAUGGACGGGGCCGUUUUCAGCAGGCGUUGAACGUGGUCUCAGAGAGCAAGACCUCUGGUCCUCAGGGAACCAAACAGGGAUUGAUGGAUCCUACCUGGGUUUUCUUCCACAGUCUCAGUCCACACCGGGCAUUUUUAAGGCCCCACUCAAAUCCAGUGUCAAGGCUAAAUUAGGGCAACUUUCUGCCAUAGAAUCAAAUAAAGAGAACUCACAUCAGUCAAGCACAGAGAUCUCUCCACAGCCAGCUCUUCCUGUGGCUGAAGGCCGUCAACCAGACACAUCAGAUCAGUGCAAAGAGGAAGCUAACUCUGCUAAAGUCCAGUCUCUCCCAAGUCUCAACUAUAUGGAGAAAGUAGAUGCUUGGAGGGCAAACCAGAGUUCAGGCAAGACAUCACUAUUUGAUAGCUUGGCACUGCAAGGAUUUUCUGGCAUCUCUCCUAAAAAGAAAGCUUACGAUGCAGUAUCUGACACUCUGAAUCGCAUCCUGAGUCAGCAGGCGAGGAGUUUACAACAACCUCCCGUUUCAAGUCCUGCCAACCAGAAUGUGACACAGAUCUCCUCCACAGCUCCUUCUGGCUCCUCUUUAAAAAGAGGGGAGGCGGUGGGCAGUGCUCCAAGUGACAAAGAUAAUACUGGGUCUGCACUAAGACCCUCUGCCUCACCCUUUGGUAGGUCACAGUCCCACUCCUCUCUGAGCACGGUUGUCAUGUCGGCCAGGAAAGAUCAGCAGACAGAGAGACGUACAGAAAAAGAAAAGAGCCAGACUCAGGGCGAUGUCCAUCAGCAGAGUGCCACAGUUCAACCCUCGGCUCUCAUGAGCCUCGGUCAGUUCAGUGAUGUGUCACUUGAUCGAGAUUUGACACUCUCAAGUUCUCAAGAUAGCUACAACAGUGGAAUUAAAUUAGGAACUUCCAUUGAAGCUUCUUCUGUUGUCAGCCUAGAGGUCGAUAACUAUGCCCCGUACUGGACUUCAAAACAGUUAACACCACCACCUCCACCGAGGCCCCGAGACCUCAAUAUUGAAGAACGAAUUCCGUUGUAUCUCCAUAACCUGGGUAUUGACCAGUCUCCCUCAACAAUCUUAACUCCAUUUGCACCCAGAGGGCCAAUCAGAGAGCCUGAAUUCUCCCCCACUGAUCUCUGUACAAUUAAAGGAUCUAUUGGAACCCCAACCAAGAGCAUCCAAACGCCUGAAGGUGGCAGUACCCAUAAAGGAGAGUUUUCCAGGUCCAGCAUCCUGUCAGUGGACUCCAGUAUGUCCAUAACGUUUAGCCUGGACAGUCUCGGUCCAGCUGUAUCCAUCCCUGAGCGGGCCAGGCGGGCCUCUCCCUUAUCCGAUCCAGAAGAUAUCCAGAGUGAACACAGACUGGCAUCCUCCUCCCAGCCUGAUGAAGACUCUUAUCCCUCCACACUGCAGACCAUCCAGCAACAGCAGAGAGACAGCAGCUUAACCAGCAGCCAGAAUACUAUCCAGCUAGGGGUCAGGUUUGACUCUGACCUCUCGUUAGCUACCGAGGAUAGGUGUGGGGAUAGAGACUUGGAGUCGCCCUUGCAAACGAGCCGUAGUAUGGAGCAAAGCGCAGAAGCCUCUUUUGUUAGCUCCAAGGCCUUGUUGGAGAUCCGUAAGCUACUCUCUCAGGCAGAGAACGUGGUGUCUGCUGGGUCUUCUGUGGCUUCCUCAGCCUUCCCUGCAGCGCCCCGUCUGCUCUCUGAUGAUGACAUAUUCCUCUCACUGAGGAAGAAAACCAGCAGGCUCCAGGACUCCUCUUUCUCCUCCUCCUCUGCUACUGGAGAUCCCAGAACUCAAUCCUCCCAGUUGUGGGGCAGGUCCUCGUCCGACUCCAUGCUAAGCUCAGAGAAACUGAGAAAAAGUUCUAUUGGUCAGGAGAGUAUGACUUCAUCUGGGCCACCUUAUUAUCCAUCCACACAACCUCUUAUUCCUGCGAUGUCCACAGGCGCAUACAGAAGACCACAAGAUAGCACUGUUGGUAGAGGUCCAGGGUCGUCUCUUGUCCUCUCCCAAUCAGCCCGGCGGGCAGAACCUGAAGGCUGUAGUGCUGCUCCCCCUGACAAUAAAGUCCCACCGCAGCCACCAAUUAUUACGCCUUUACCAGCUCUGAGUACACAACAACUCACUUCUACUCCUACAGACAUGGCGGGUGUCACAGAGGAGGAAAAACAGACUACUCUGGAAGAUCCUGUACAGAGUAGCUCCUCCUCGCCCAUCCUCGAGGACAAUGAUCAAGGAGCGGUGAGCGAUGGGAGCAGUGAGAGUUCGCUGGCAGUCAGAGUGGCCAAGUUACUGCAGAGUGAAUCUCCAGCCACCAUGGUGUCCAGUACACCCAGCCUCACUGACCAAGAGGAGAGCAGAGCCAGAGAGUGGAUUAAGCUGAAGUUAUCAGGAGAGCAGUGUGAACCUCUGGAGUUGGACAAAGAGGACAGAAAUCGGAUUGAAGAGAUCAAGAGAGAGCUGCUGCUAAAAAACCCCAUAAAGAGUCAGGGAAGCACAGAUACAGAGAGCAGUGCAGCAUCCAGUGUUAGAGCCUUAAGGGGGCAGGAUCUGUCUCAGCAUGUCGAGACAUUUACAGCCCUCAGUGAUGCUAGUAAGCAGCCACUCCAGCCACCGCAGGGCCUCAGCACAGAUCUCUCCAGUGUGCAGCUUCAAAACCCUCCUCGCCCAGAUCUAGAGGCUCAAAUACGUGAGAUUGCUGCCAGAGAAGGAGUAACCCUCCCUAGGACAAACCCUCAGGCCCUCACAUCUAUCACCAUCGCCACCCGCAGGCGCUCAACCUCCCCCUCUCCCUCCACGUUGCCUGCACCUCCCCUCAGUCCUGCACCUGAGCCGCUCCACCUGACCGAGCUCUCUACAGGAGCAGUCGAACACCCUAAAACGAACAUGUGGAUCCCCCCUACUGUGGAUAAAGAAGAUAAGGCAACCACAGAGCCUGCAUCUGUGUUUGAGCCAAGCAGUAGUCUUUACACCAGAAACCAAAACCUGACAGUACCAGGGAACCAGAGGAGGCAAGAUGCUGUAGGAGGCCAGUUUGAAGAACCUCCCCCACCCUCUCUGCGUUUAGGUAGAGAGGAUGUGUACGCUAAAGAUGACAAGGUAUCCGUCCAGGACAGCUCUGUUUCUGGUGUUGGUCAUGAAGCUGAACAGGCCACAGGUUCAUCCACCCCUGAAUCUCCAGCCAGGACAGGUCACGUCUCACAUGUCCAUCUCACUUUGUCCCCGAAAGCCACCGAUCACAGCUCGGCCACCUCUGUCCACUCCAGUCAUGCUGAUGCUGUUACAGGGCUGCCAUGUAAAGAAUUUGUCCCCCUCAGACACUCCUCUUCUGCGGCCAGCAGUCCGGACGAAGGUGUCGGUUUGUCCAGUCCACCAGAGUGGUACAACACCAAAGAGCCAAUAAGACAACGGGGGCCUGAAAGAGUCGACACCUCCACCCUGUUCAAAACUGCUGCGCCUCAGGGAAAGAUGACCUCCACAUCCUCACAAACACCACGUCACAAAGUCGUGGUUCCACCAACACCCUUAACAACAGAAUCACCAGCAGUGCCUGUUCUGUUGCCUUAUAAACCCCGCGGCAGUGAGGAGCUCUUCUACGUCCCUCAAACAGAAGCUGACUUCACCACCGACCCUUCUGACACCACCAUGGAGAGCACACACACAGGCUCAGACGACGCCGUGCCCCCACGCUUCAGCAGUGAGGUCCUCGGGCACAGAGACCCGGGGUUGGACCGUGGAGUCACCAUCAGACACACAGAGGGAAUCUACAGCAAGAGGUUGAAAACAGCCACCUUCAAAAUGCACAAGCCUGAACGCAGAGCAGAUGCAACCUCACAAACAAGUGUGACUCGAGCUCCAAAGCCGUCUACUGAAGUCGCCUUUACCAGAGCGCCUUUAUCGAGCAACCAAGAAGCCUCCAAGAGAGACCAGGGGACCAGCCCAGUGCAGUUCCUCAGCUAUAAUCAACCAGAGCCAAGCCGUGAGAGAUUUCAGUCAGUUCAUAUGGAAACGGUCUACGUAAAGACGAGCCGUCGUCUGGACCGAGGCUCUUUCCCUCAGGCAGGAGGGGAGCGAGACCAGGAGAGGAGAGACUCUGACCUCCUUCAGCCCGCUGCCCAGCACAGCAGCAGCUCUCUGGACCAGCUGUGGCAGAGGUUCUGUGAUCGGUGGAGCCUGGAGGAGUCCCAACCGACCAGUGACAGAGAAACGUCGCUGCUGGAUCGGCUGGAGCGUCUGUCCCGUCUUAUUCAUAGCACAAAGGAAACCAACAUUUCAGAGGCAUAUUGCCAUCCAGGAGAAAAGUCAGGAAGGAGGGGAGAAGACGCUACCGGUAAAGAAAGAAAGAAUCAUAUUGGAGAGGUGAAGAGGAGCGUAGGUGGUGAGGACAGAGAAAUGGAGCGGAAAGUCAUUGGAGGUAGAAAGGUUGAAGGUGAGCCUCCCAUCCCUCAUCAGGCGUGGACACAGAGGCUUCAGGUAGAGCAAACGUCUCCUACAGACGAAGGAUCUCUCUCCAGCUUCUCUCACGACUCCUCCCAGAGCGAACACCUGUUUCCUGCAGACAGAGACGAGUCCGAGACCUUGUCCACCAUGUCUGGCUCCAUGUCCACCGUGGACACGGCGCGGCUGAUCCGAGCCUUCGGCGCCCGCAGAGUCCAGCACCUGAAGACGAGCUCCAGCCUCAGCAGGCUGUACAGCACCAUCAACAAGCAGAAAGAAGGGAGGGAGCAGAGGAGAGGAAGAAACAAAGACCCGCCUCACAUCAUCACGCUGUCAGAGACCACCGGCACCGAUGAAUCUACAGUUGCUGCUGAUUCUGCAUCAUCAACCAGCACGAACACCCUCCCAUCACAGCCCGGCCCCUCCAGGACUCUGGCAUCCAAGAAGGCUGUUAAACUGGUCAGCAAAGGCAUCCAAGCAGGUGACCUGGAGCUCGUCAGUAAUGGGACCCGACGCCACACCAGAGAUGUUGGAACCACAUUCCCGUCGCCUGGCGAAGCCAGAACUUCCAGGCAGAUUUCAUCUUCCUCAUCCAGCUUAGAGAGAGGAAGAGGAGGGCGGAGGAGUCCCUCUAAGACUCAGGGGUUACAAAAACAGAGAAAGAGCAAGAAAAACCCACCAAAGACCUUUCCUGAAGGUGUUUCAUGGUUCAUCUCCGCUGACAACCUGAGGUCAGAGGCGAGGAAGGAGAACCGGUCCGAGGAAGAGGAGUCGACGUGGAGGCCGAGCACUGCCUGGUUUGAACCGUACAGCAGAAUCCCACCGUGGAGAGAACCGCUCAGGCAAAUCCACGAAGAGAGAAACAAACAGCCCAGUUUUACACAUCACACUGAACUCGAUAUAGAUCCAAGAACCAAAACCAUGUCCUCUGGUCUGGCACGUAUCUCUCUUCAGGAUGCUCUGGAGAUGCGUCGUCCGGAGUUCAUCUCUCAGUCCAGACGGAGGGUGAAGCGUCUGGCUCUGCAGGUGGAGGAGAGGAAGCUACAGGAAGCCUUCAGCAGAGAGAGAGAUGAACUCUUCAGCCGGCCUGGAGGACCGGGGAGGCUGCCGAGGCCUGCAGGCACCGCUCUGCUCAGGAGGGCUGUUCCCAGAAAGGAGAUGAUACAGAGAUCCAAACAGAUUUAUGAGAGUCUGCCGGAGGUGCAGAGGAGGAGAGAGGAGGAAAGAAGAAAAGCAGAAUAUCAAUCUUACCGGCUGAACGCACAACUCUACAACAAGAGGAUCACCAGUCGUGUCCUGGGCAGAAGAACAGCGUGGCAGUGAUCAAACAAACCUGUGAAACUUUUUACUGUAGAUUAAAUCAACGAUGUGAAAACUAAUUUUUUACAAUUUUAUUAAGAACAAAGCUACCUAACUUAACUGAUAAUAGCUUUUAUUUAUUUGUAACCACAUUUUGUUUUGUUUUCUAUUUGAAAGAUUAUGUAGAAAAGUAGAACUCUACUUUAUCUGUUACUUUUUCAUACUGACAGUGGAAUGUUUUUAAUUGGUUAAAAUGUGUUUUAAUGCAAAAAAAUAAACCAAAUAUCUG